AUCACAAACCGGCCCUAUCUAGCUAGGCACGAGAUCGAUCGAGGAGAGAUCACCAUGGCCACGGCGGGCGAGGACGAGGCCAGCAGGGCGAGCUCCGCCGCCGCCGCCGGCGGCGGGAGUAGGGGGCGGUGGUCCCUCCGCGGCAUGACGGCCCUCGUCACCGGCGGCACCCGCGGCAUCGGGCGCGCCGUGGUGGAGGAGCUGGCGGCGCUGGGCGCGGCCGUGCACACCUGCUCCCGCAACGAGGCCGACCUCCGCGCCCGCCUCGCCGAGUGGGACGCCGCCGCCGCCGCCGGCGCCACCCGCGGCGCCGUCACGGGCUCCGUCUGCGACGUGUCCGCCCGGGACCAGCGCGAGCAGCUGCUCCGCGACGUCGCGGCGCGGUUCGCCAACAAACUCGACAUCCUGGUGAACAACGUCGGCACCAACUUCGGCAAGCCCACCACCGACUACACGGCGGAGGACUACGCGUUCCUGAUGGCCACCAACCUGGAGUCGGCCUACCACCUCUGCCAGCUCGCGCACCCGCUCCUCCGGCGGGCGCCCGGCUCCGGCGGGUCCGGCUCCGGCGGCAGCGUCGUGCUCGUCUCCUCCGUCUGCGGCGCCGUCGCCGUCGGCACGGGCUCCGUCUACGCCAUGGCCAAGGGCGCCAUGAACCAGCUCGCCAGGAACAUGGCCUGCGAGUGGGCCCGGGACGGCGUCCGGGCCAACGCCGUGGCGCCGUGGUACAUCCGGACGCCGCUCGUCGAGGGGGACCUGUCGCGGGAGGCGUACGUGGAGAGCAUCGUGGCGCGGACGCCGGCGCGGCGCGUCGGCGAGCCGGAGGAGAUCUCGUCGCUGGUGGCGUUCCUCUGCAUGCCCUGCGCGUCCUACAUCACCGGCCAGACCAUCGCCGUCGACGGCGGCAUGACCGUCUACGGCCUCUACCCAGCUGACAAUUGAGCAGUGAUCGUCGUCUUCCUCUACCCGGUGUUCUCAACAGUCAACACCGCGUUUUAUUUUGAGUGAAUCUUAUACUUUUUUGAGCGAAAAAUAAGUGAAGCGUUACCUGCAGCCUGCAGAUGAUCGUCCGGACUGCUAAAUAAGUGAAGCUUUUAUUACUUUGAGCAAUAUGUUAGCAAUUUAUGUAAUGUUAUGAUGUUUCCAAUAAUGAUAAUAAAAAAUAUUGAAAAUAAUUUUCAUAGUGAGUCUAGUAACACCUGUCUUAGAGCAAUGAGACUCUAAAUGCUAAAUGAGACUCUAAAUGCUAAAUGAGAACUCUCCUGGCGC